AUGUCGGAUCGAAGGGAGAGAGAAAGAGAGCGGGACAAGGACAAGGAUGGGGACAGAGAUCGCGACUCGGAUCGUCGAAGGUCGGACGAUGACCGCCGGCGGCACAGGGACGAUGAUUCGUCCUCGGAGCGACGUCGCAGUCGCCGCAGCGAUGAUGACGAAGACGACCGAAGGCUGCGCAGCCGGCGCGAUCGCGACAGUGGGAGCAGCCGAGACAAGAGGAGCCGCGACGAUGACGUGAGCGAGAGGGAUUCGCGCAGCAGCAGACGAUCCAGCAGAAGGGGGGACGAUGACGAAGACAGGGAUCGCAAGAGAUCACGACGAGAGGAGGACAUCGAAGAGGAAACGGAACGACUAAAGGCCGAGCGGUUGCGCAAGGAGAAAGAAGCCAAGCUCAAGGAAUUGGAGAGCAAACUGGCAGCCAAGCUGGAAGAGGAGAAGAAGAUGAAGGAGCUCUCGAAGAUCACCACCUACCAGGGGCAGGGCACGCAAAUGGGCGGCACCAACACAGGCAACCGAGGCCAAAUGAUUGAAAUCACGCUCAACGACCGUCUGGGCAAGAAGGUCCGCGUCAAGGCUUGCUCGAACGACACUGUUGGCCAGCUCAAGAAGAUGGUGGCUGCACAGACCGGCACCAAGGCAGAAAAGAUCCGCAUCCAGAAGUGGUACACGAUCUACAAGGACAACAUCUCCCUGGCCGACUACGAAGUCCGCGAUGGCAUGAACCUCGAGCUGUACUACUACUAG